UGCAAAAAUGUCACAUGGCCAACCAUAAUAACAACAACUUGUCUAAACAGUCUUUGUUUCUCUAAUAUUCUAUCAUCACUCUGACUCCCCCCUGCCACAUCACUAUCAAACCUCCUUACUCCAAUCAUGAUAUCCUAUUCCUCCUUCUAAAGAAUCCAUCCCAUUACUAAAAAGCAGCAGAAAGAAAGACAUUUCUAUUCAUCAAUCUUAUUCUCUCUUCUCCUCAAUAUUUCUCUGUUCAAAGAAUUUGAGCACUAAUUUAACAAACAUUCCGAAAACAGAGUAAUUCAAAAAAAUGGCAGGAACUAAGUUGAGUGAGAAAUCCGAUACAGAAGAAGAUGAAGAAGAAGAGUAUUUAAAGAUCUUUGAUCCAAGUAUAGAUUUGGUUACAGCAGGUAGAAGACAAGUAUCAUUUCUACAAAGGGUCUUUGAAUCUCAAUGGUUUCAUCAUCUUCCAUCUAUCAUUCAAUCCAUUAGAAGGUACGAUGAAUUAUGGAUGCCAUUAAUUUCCGAUCUUUCAAUCAAUUCGAAAACCCCACCAAUGAUUCUUCCUCCUCUUGAUAUCCAAUGGGUCUGGUUUUGUCACACACUUAACCCAGUAACGUACAGAGAAUAUUGCCAAUCAAAAUUCUCAAGAUUGAUAGAGAAAUCUUUAAUUUUCAACAAUGAAAACGAAGAGUAUGCAUCAAACUGGUGCAGAGAUAUUUGGAGUUGUAAAUACCCAGAUGAACCAUUCGACAUCAUUGAAUCAACUACUACUUCAGACGAGUCAAUCACAGUAGAUCAAAGCAUACUUGAUGAAGUCAUGAAGCAGAGAUUUUUAUAUACCAAAUUCUCCAAGCCUUAUAUGAUUGAACUUGUUUAUUUAAUCGCGGCGAGAAAACGAUACGCCAGAUUUCUUUAUCUGUUGCAUAAAUUCAAAGAAGAUUGUUCAAAGUUAAUACCCACUCUAGAUAUUCAAUUAAUGUGGUUAACUCAUCAGAGUUAUCCGAUGGUAUAUGCAAGAGAUAUGAAGAACAUAGAAGAUGAUUUGAGCAGAGUGAAUGGAAUUUGGGAUAAAGUGAAUGAUGAAGAUAUGAAAAUGACUAGAAAGUUGUGGGAGAGAUUGUUUGAUCAACCUUAUGAGAAAGCAGGUGGAAUGCUUGAUGAGAUUGUUAAAUCAAUUAAGAUUCCAGUUUAUUGGGAUGCUUGGAGUUCUGAUGUCAAUGCUAAGUACAAAUCCUUGGAACCAAGGUUCUUGCUUGAGGUAUAUGUGAGCAUGAGAGCAGACCGAGAGAUAAAAGAAAGACAGGAAACAUGUUUACGCCUAAGGACAGUCCGAUGCCAUCGAGAACUGAAAAUCAGUAAACCCACAAUCUCGGUGCAAUCAGAUUCAUGGGACAAAAUGUGGCAUCUUUGCUGCGAAUUUGGUACUCGGGGCAUAAUGCUCGAGCUUGGGCAGCAAUCAACCAGUGGUGCUGCCAAGAGUUCUUGUUGUAAAAAGAAGACUAGUUUGAAAAGUACGUUAGUGUUUUUAUGGUACGAUUUGCUAAAGGCACCGUCGCUUACACUUGAAAAAGAACUGCAAGAAAAAUGGAUGAGAGCAGUGGCUUCAAUAACACCACCAGCUCAAGCGCCUUACCUGUUGAAAUGUGUACCAGAUUGCGUGACCGAUGAUUCAGGCGCGAUGAUAUCAGAUGUGAUACUGAAAAUGAAUCUUUAUAGACCGCAAGACGGACGGUGGUUGUCCAGGACAGUCUUGGACCAUGCUGGGAGGGAGUGCUUUGUUUUACGGAUCAGAAUGGGAAGUGGGUUUUGGAGGAGAGCAGGUGAUGUUCCAGUUGCCGUGAAAAAGGAGGAGAGAAUCAUAGAGGUUCGUGAAGGUUCAUGGCGUUACGUUGCUGGCUCGAUUGGUCGAACUCCUCACAAGGUAGUAGGAAGUGCAACACCCAAAGUAGAAGAAGGUUCAAGCUCAAGCUUAGAGAGCAGUGCCAAAACUUGUUGCUGGAGUCUUUCAAAUGGAUAUCAACUUGUGGUACAAUGGGACUCAUCAUCAUCGGCUGGUCUAACUUUCAAUCUCAGCAACCCCAGCACCUCGCGAGAUUCGUCGGUUGUCAGAUUGCUAAAAGGGAGGAAAAUGCAGUACCAAGUAGUAGAUAAUAAUGAUCACGAACAAGUAGUUUCUACCAAAAGCGAAAACAAACAAGAAGACGACGAAGAAGUGUUUGUGACAAUGGUAAGGUACACAGAAGAGUACCCAAAUGGGAAAGCAACAGCUCUAAUGAACUGGAAGUUACUGGUAGUAGAAGUGACACCAGAAGAAGAUGCAGUAGUAGUACUACUCUUGUGCAUGGCGAUACUCCGAAGCGUAACCGAAAUGAAGAAAGAAGAUGUUGGCGGGUUGCUGAUUAGAAGAAGAUUAAAACAAACACAACUAGGCUUAAGAGACUGGGGUUCAGUGUUUCUGCCAGUACCUAAUUCUAAGUCUAACUCGGCGGCGAAUUUUAGUUCAUCAUCAUCAUCACCUCAUCUAAAACCAUGGUAUUGGAAUCCUAAAGUUGUAAUGGCUUCUUCUGUCGAAUCUGAUUAUCAUCACAAAACAGUUAGACAACCAUCUGGUUACCAUUAUACAGAAGCAGAAGGUGGUGACAAACUCUAUAAAAAAGGGUUAUUAAUCAUACCUUAAUUCAAUAUACAACCGUUAAUUUUAGCACAGCCAAAAUUAAUAAUGAGUUCCUUAAUUAUAAAAUUUGUUUGGUCUCGCUGAAAUUUGAACUUACGACCUAAAAGUCACUUUGAUUCUUGAGAUAAGACACCUUCUUCUGGCUCUAA